AUGUCAAACUCUUGCAUUUCCCUCUCAGGGUCAACUGCGUGUCCUGCCUGGAGUAGCUCGUCUAUUUCGACCAAUUCCAACCUAUAUUCGACCUUCCCAUUCCUCAAAACAGUAACGAACCUCACACAGUUCGAUGAUUCAUUAAAAAACUAUGUCCGAGGGACAUAUGUCUCAUCAAAGUAUGAGGACUUGCUCGGUUGCCAAGGCCUCAAUUCGAGCGCCCCUAACGACUACUAUGCCCAGUAUACAACUAGUGUCCUGUGUAGCAGCGUCGUGCAAAGCUCAAUAGCCGACUGCAAACUUUCGACGAAUGACUCAUUACCAAUCUGUGUCGACACAUGCGCACUUUGGGCCCGAAGUGAGCAGGAGACCGUGGCCAAUACCGACCUAUGCGGCAAGAGCAACAAGGACUCCACGGAUCUGAUUUACGCCGAAUUGACCAUCUGCCAAAAACCAAGCGACGCCCUUUCUGGAGAUUGUGUCAAGGGAUCUGCGAACGAGCCCGAAAACUGUGGCUUUGCAUCGAACACCAUCGGUCUCUGCACUUAUUGCGUCAACGGCACUGACAGCUGCUGCACGAAAUCCAACGCGACGACCCGCUGCGAGGGUGUCGCGGUGCCAACUGUCACUCUACCACCUCUCACUCCCUCUCCGUCCGCCACCGCAGCUGCUAGCCAUGGCCUGUCAGGCGGCGCCAUUGCUGGAAUCGUGAUUGGCUCCGUCGUAGGCGCCGCCAUUCUCGCUUCUCUUAUCGCCUUCUUCUGCAUUUUCAUGCGCCGCCGCCGUCGUGAAAAUCGGAACGAAGUUGCCCUCAACCAACCGAACCCACAGCGAAAGGGCGGGUCACCUUCGAUGCAGCAGCCUACAAGUCCAACAUACAACAUCGUUCCGGGUGGUCGUGUCACACGGAUGUCCGCUCUUCGCGAGAUGCCUAGUUCGUCGCCUGCUUAUUCGCGCACCUCUGCAGCCAUGUACGGAAGCGGAGCCAAGUACAGCGACACGUCAGACUCAGAAGGCAUGAGUGCCAGCCCAGGGGCUAUGUCCAAGAGGAUCCCUCCUGUGACUGGGAAACGCCACGGGUCACUUUCGAGCAGUUCGGUUCUGGCUGGACUAGAAAGCGACAGCUCGCCUCGCUCCGGUCCCACGAACCAAUACUCUUCCCCCGAGCAAGUAACCAGUGGUCGAUCAGAGCAGCUGUCGUAUUUCCGCGAUUACUACUCCCAAGAUGAGAUUCAUGCGGGAGACAAAGUAGCCGUCCUUUGGGCUUACUCCCCCAGAGCGGGCGACGAGUUCGAACUUGACCGAGGUGAGAUGCUCAAGGUGAUUGGCAUCUGGGACGACGGCUGGGCGACGGGUGUGCGACUCCCUGAGCGAGCCGAGGACCUAGACGUGAACCAUCGCGAGCAGCGCGACAGUGGCGUCUCGAACGGCUCGCGCCUGCCUGGCACUUCGUCACCCUUGCCAUCAGGGGAGAUCAAGGCCUUCCCUUUGGUCUGCAUCUGUCUACCGCAGCACUGGCGCAAGAUCAUCGACGGUGGCCAGGAAGACCAAGAAGUUUGA